AACAUGGCCCUGUAAAUAAAUGACUUCAUUAGAAAUGUGUUAAUAAUCUAAUAAAGAAAACGUCAGAGUGAGUCACUAUGAUGGAGAGGGAGAGAGAGAGAGAGUGUGUGUGUGUGUGUGUGUGCGUUCAGUCUCUCUCUCUCUCUCUCUGACUCACUCUGUCUGCUCUCGGAUCGGUCAGCAGCUCUCUGUGUCUCUCUGUGCAUGUCUUCUCUUCUUCUUCUUCUACUUCUUCUCUUCUUCUCUUCGUCCUGCCUACAUCCUCCAGCCGCCGACGUCAGUGGAACGUUUCAAUCCCUUCUGAUAUUCAGGUUAAUCUGAUUAUGAAGAUUCCCUCUGAGACGCCUCUUUGUCAAUGACGGCCAAGAUGGAGACUCCUUUCUACCACGACGACUCCCCCACCGUCCCUGGCUACAGCCAGAUCGCAGAAUACGAACGUUACCCGGGAAACAAGAUGCUGAUGAGUAAGAAGGUCAUGUCAAUGGCGGGCAAUCAUCACUUUGGCGGUGGUGCAGCGGUAGGGAGGGGCGGGAACCCCAACAACCUGGGGCUCACUGGCAACAGCUCCCUGAUGACAUCAGCCGCACCCUCGGCGGACAUGAACCUGCUGAAACUGGGGUCCCCCGACCUGGAGCACCUGAUCAUCCAGUCCAACCAGGGUUUGGUCACCACUAGCCCUGUGUCCAAUUCCACCAACCCAUUCAUGUACCGCAACCAGGCCACCAACGAGCAAGAAGGAUUUGCUGAUGGCUUUGUCAAAGCGCUUGCUGACCUUCACAAGCAGAACCAACUGGUGGGAGGCGGCCCCAUGUCCCCAUCUUCAUCCUCCACUGUCUCCCUGCAGGCAUCCUACCAGAGGAACCUGAUGUCCAGUGGGGACAUGCCAGUCUACACCAACCUCAGCAGCUACAACCCAGGUCAGAUGGUGUACUCUGGAGCGCAGAUGGCGUACGGUAGUGGUUCGGGACAUGGUGGUGGCGGAGCCCCUCAGCAUCACGCCCGAGGCCUGGACACCCCUCAGACCGUCCCUGAGGUGCCUCACCCGGCGGGCGACCCCACGUCGCCACCUUCCCUCUCCCCGAUUGACCUGGAGACGCAGGAGCGAAUUAAGGCGGAACGCAAGAAGCUCCGCAACCGCAUUGCCGCAUCCAAGUGCCGCAAGCGGAAGCUAGAGCGGAUCUCACGGCUGGAGGAGAAGGUGAAGGUCUUGAAGAGCCAGAACUCUGACCUGGCCUCCACUGCUGCCAUGCUGCGGGAGCAGGUCGCUCAGCUCAAACAGAAGGUCAUGAGUCACGUGACCAAUGGCUGCCAGAUUGCCGUCGGAUCGGCCACCAAGUCCAACGGUGGAGGUGGGGGCACCGCCAGCGAGGACUCCAGCUGCUGAAGCGGCGGGACAUGGGGUGUGAAAAUAAGCCGAGAGGCCAAGGGUUUACUUUUACGAUUUUGGCGUUUCGCUCGCACUCUCGGUCAGAGCGAGCAGAGAUUGAGGUGUCAACGACGCCUCAGCAGGACAGAUGGAUGUUUAACGGGAUUUAUGUAGCCCCGUAAACCACCGUCAGUCAGUCAGCCAGAGAUGGAGUCCCUGAAGUUCAAAUUUGGAUAAUUUGAAUGUUGACUAGGAUUUUUUCAAAGACAUGGUGACAGAUUUCAUUUGAAGAGACUGUUUAGAAGCAGGGUUUGACAUGUUUGAAGAGAAACAUUUAUUGGAUAGGUGAAAUGAAUUCAUGGACAGAUUAUCAAGUUUCCGGUACAAAAGAUUUUGUACGGUUUGAACAGCUCAUGACAAUAUUCUUUAUUUUCAGAUUACAUCUCGGUUAAUAAAGUGUACUGGAAAUUGUGGGAAUUAUUUCCGAGCAAUGAUUUUUUUUUUUCAUUUUUAGUAAAAACAUUGUUUGAAUAAAUCACGUUAAAAUGAACAUUUUUUUACAGUGAAGAUAACGAUUUAUGUGGAAAACAGUAUCAAGUAAUCUGAUUACUUAAAGCUACAGAAUGAGGUCUGUAAUUUGAAUAUUCUUGUCAUAAUUUCUGAUAAUCAGUGUUUUCAAAUUUACAGCAGUUGAUGCUGCAGUUUGUUCUGUAAUCUGAUUACAGUAUUCUCUUUACUUUUUACAUCCAACUGUGUGUUAACGCACCUAAAUCACUUAAAAACAGAUCCACUUUGAUAACUCAGUUUUUACAGUAACUCUUCAUGGUAACUGUGAUAGAUUAAUGUAAUCUGAUUACUACAAUCUCUUGUCUGUAACUGAAGUUCAGCUGUGGUUGGUAAUAAUCCAGUGACUUUUCAAUUGUGUUUCUGUGUUUUCUGUCUGUUGCUGCUGGAAGUCAGAAAACCUUAAAAGUUAGAGUUUGAAGUUCUGUUGUUCUGCUCUUCUGGUGGAAACUUUUCUCACUUUCUCUGGAUCUUUCGGGAAUCAGGGCUGAAGGGAAAUGUUCAAUUUCAGAUCUGCCAGUGAGGACGACUGCAUGUGGUUCGAGUGUGGAAAGCAGACUCAUGUUUACUUUAAUUUAAAUUAAUGAGAGUUUUAAUCUCUCAUUUAGAUUUAGAUUUUUUACUUUUCAACUAGUAGAAUAAAACCCUGGUGUGGGGAAAGAAUUUCACUUCCGACAGCAGUUUAAAAAAAACUUACGUCUACGUAUUUGACUGGUUGUUUACAUUCAUAGUUUCUAUAGCAGAAGAAAUCUUAUUAUUAAUGUAAAUGAAGAUGAAAAAUAAUGCUUCAUAUCUCAUUUAUUUUCAUUUCACAUAAUAUUGUGCAAACAAGGUAUGACUAUUGAAUUAUAUUUAUUAUUUUGAUAAUAAUAAUGUUAAUACUUGUUAUUCCUUUACCUACAGUACACAGUAAAAAGUAUAAUUUCACAACUCAAUUUAUUUUGUUUUGUUUCUUGCAGGUUUGUAUGGAAGCACAUUUCUGUCAAGGAAAGAGAAAAAAGAUGAAAUGUUAGGAAUGAUGAAAAUAAAAAUACUCAUAAUCUUAUAUGUCAGGAUUUGAACAACUAUUUUGUCAUUUUGACUUAAAAAAUAUAAACUUUUUUACUUUAUUUUUUACUUUACCUUGCUUUCUUCCUCCCUGGCAGUAAUGGGCUUCCACAGAUUAAAGACUUUAUAAAAGGCAGAACAGUAUCUCUGCCGCUGGUUCUAGUGUACAGAACAUUCCUUAUGGAAGUUGAUUUUGUUUACGCAAACAUUUUCUCAGGGGAAUAUGAUGUGUUCCACCUGCUUUGGUAAGAAAACACCUUUAAGACUCCAUUUCAGGUUAAAUUACUUAAUAACUUGGAUAUAUUUUUGUAGUGUAAAAAAGAAAGAAAGAAAGAAACAAAUAAACAAAACUAAAAACAAACAGAAAGAAGCAGAGCUCUAAAGCCUAGCUGUGGCCCUUAAGGGGUUCUUGAGGUCUAUGAGGAUAUUUCGGAGGUUCUUGAGGGAGCUCCUUAUGUCUCUGAUGAGGUUGUAGAGGUUUCUGAAGGGGUUUCUAAAGACCUUGAUGAGAUUAUAGAGAUCUUUGAUGGGGUUUCAAGUCCUUUAGGAGGUUGUAAAGGGCCUUGAGGGGGUUCCUGAGGUCUGCCAGAAGUCAGCAGAGGUCCUUGAGAAGGGUAAAGAUGGCCUUGGGGAUGGAGUAACGCUCUUAAUGGGGAGGUUAAUAGAGGUCCUUGAGUAGGUUCCUGAGGUCCUUGAGGAGGUUGUAGAGAUCAUUGAGUGAGCUCACCGCUAACAGAGACUGAAGCAUCAGUACUGUUGCCAUGGUUACCUGCAGUGUAGUAUAGUUUAAGGUCUGAUUUAGAACAGUGGUUCAACUGUACUAUGUUUGAAAAGUCCAUAUAAGAUUUUAGCAGGCACCUGUCAGCCAAUCAGAGAACAGGAUAUUGUGUUGCUGUGAUAUAAUGAAAACACUCACACUUUUGAGAGUGUGAUAUUGUUCAAUAACUGCACAUUUUCUCACUUUACUCAAGUUAUUUGUGUGAAUACACCUCAGAUGGGGAAAAAACUGACAGAUCGGCCCUUUAAUAUCUCAGUCCACGGGCAAAUUCACUAAACAAAAUAUAAGUAGACGUGUUGUUGUUAAUGCAGUGUGAUACUAAUGAUCCCUUUAUUUUUUUGUCCAGUCAAAACUUCUGUGUUAUGUUACAGUUUGUAAAUUGCAGACAGAAAAACAUGUAACUGCAAAGAAAGAAAAUAAAUCAGAUUUUUUAUGAAAAUAUAAAGCUCCGCUAUUCUACAGACAUCAGAGUUUAAACUGAACAUUAAUACUCAAGUAUAAAAACACAGUUUCAGUUGCAGUGAUGUGUUUUCUGUCUGACAAAUGAACUUUCAAAAAUACUGUUGUGAUCUUGGAGCAAAUAUUUAUUUUUUUUAUCUUGAACGAGACUUUUGACAACUCUGAUGAUUCUAUUUUUGUACAAAUGUAUAGAAAUUGCUGUUAUUAAUAUUCCGAAAUGAUGUGUGUGUAUGAGUUGUUCACUUUAUGUCUUUAUUUAUUAUGAAUAUUUUUUGUUAUACAGAUGUGUGUUUAUUUCCCUCGCACUGUUCUGCUGUGUUGAGAUGUUCGUGUCAAUAUAUCAGUGAUGAAAUAUUUGCCUGUUGCUGCUUCGCUGUCUGUAAAUUCAGAGUUGGAGUGAGGAGUUUUCCACAAGAUUGUGGCCACUUGUUGUAAAAAAGUGCACUUUCCUAAAUUAAUUUUAGCCAGGGAUCAAACAUUCCUUAAAAAGGAUGAAAAGCUCAACAAUCAAAAUGUAAUUUCAGUGUUGAAACUGCCAUCAUUUCAGGUAAAACAGAUGUUGGUUUCAUGUUGAGAAAUUCGGGGAUUGUUGUAAUUACAAGGUACAUCCUACACUUCCCUUUUAGGAAGCUUCCUAGUUUUGUUUUUGCAGUAAAAUAAGACACUCAACAGAAUGAAUCCUGAUGAAUCCUUAAACCUGCAGAUCUCCAUCUGGGGUUUUUGUAUUUUCAUAAAAAGCCAAGUAGGUAUGACUGUAUUUACGGUGAAAACACUUCUUUGUUAGCAAGGCUGGAGCCAGAACAUUCCAGCCAAAUGUCACACAAAUAGCAACAAAAAUUAAUGUGCAGGUGUAACAUCCUGAAAAGGCAGAGAAUCAAUAAAGAUGUCCACACACGAUGUUCACUCUCUGGCAUCUUUAU